AUGGCACUCGUUACGGCCGCCGCGCUGGCUGGCAGCAUGGUCUCCAGCAUGUACGUAGAUGCCAAGUACCACAUCUCCAAGGAUGUCAAGGCCCUCCGAGGUCGACGGACAGUGACCAAAUUUGUCGAAAACUCGAUCAAGAGCAGCCGUGUUUCUCCCUAUUAUUUCUUCGAAGAAGCGGUCCAAAAGGAUCCCUACGGUGAAGCCAUCUGGACACGAAGCGGGAGCGUGUCGUGGAAGACGACCUAUGACAGGGCGAACCAGUAUGCACAGAUGUUCUUGUCGCAAGGUGUUCGGCCGGGGGACUUCGUUGCGAUUCUCAUGCAAAACUCGCCCGACUUUGCAUUCGCCUGGGUUGGACUGCUUGCAAUUGGUGCGGCGCCCGCCAUGAUUAACUACAAUCUCGUCGGCAAAGCUCUCCUCGGCUGCAUCGAGAUCAGCACCGCCAAACUCGUAGUCGUCGACGGAAGCCCUGAUAUCGCGGCCAAGUACAACGACGUUCAGACCGAGUUGGAUCUCAAGGGCAUCAGAGUCGUCAACAUCGGAGAAGAGAGGGAAAGGAUAUAUCAGAUGGAUCCCAUCCGUCCGCGAGACGAGCUUCGGAAGAAUCUGACGCCUGCCGAUGCAAUGGCCAUGUUCUAUACGAGUGGAACUACCGGGCUACCCAAGGCCGUAAUCAUGCCUGCCGCUGCCGCUGGGAGCCUCGCAUUAUCGAACGACAUUGGCUUGCAUCCGACAAAGAGCGGGAAGGAAAGAUGCUACAUUUGCAUGCCGUAUUAUCACGGGACUGGCGGUAUUACUAUGAUAUCCCAGAUCUUGUCUGGCUCUACAGUCUGCAUGGCACCCAAAUUCAGUGUCUCAAACUUCUGGGAAGAUGUUCGUGACUCCCACGCCACUUGGUUCGUCUACGUUGGCGAGACUCUCCGAUACCUCUUAGCCUCGCCUCCCUCGCCGCGCGACAAAGACCACAACAUCCACGCUGUUUUCGGCAACGGCUGCCGACCCGACGUAUGGAAACGCUUCCAAGAGAGGUUCGGCAUCGACACGGUGUGCGAGUUCUAUAACAGCACCGAGGGCGCUUUGGGCCUUCGCAACCUCUCUCGAGGAGACUUCUUCGCGAAUGCUCUUGGUCACCACGGACUUCUGCUCCGACUCAAGUACAGAAACAUGGUGGUACCUGUUGAGAUCGAUGCGGAAACGGGAAAUAUCCAGCGAGAUCCAAAAACUGGCCUAGCCCUGCGCGCUUCGUAUGAAGUCGGUGGCGAGAUCUUGGUCGAGCACCCUGGAGAACGAGCGUUUCCGGGCUACUUCAACAACGAGGACGCCACCAACAAGAAGUUCGUCCGCGACAUUCUGAAGAAGGGUGAUUGCUUCUACCGGACUGGCGACUCUUUGCGGCGCGAUAGUGAAGGCAGAUGGUUUUUCCUUGAUCGUUUAGGUGAUACGUACCGUUGGAAAGGCGAGAACGUCUCGACUGCGGAAGUCUCAGAAGUCCUUGGUAGCUACCCAGGUGUCAACGAGGCAGUCGUCUACGGUGUCCAGCUUCCCGGACAUGAUGGUAAGGCUGGUGCGGCAGCCCUAGACAUUGCUGCGGACCAGAAGGGGUCUUUCAACUAUGCCGACUUCCUGAGUUUCGCCCGAUCAAAGCUCCCAAGAUAUGCCGUGCCGGUUUUCAUCCGGCUCCUGAACGAGGGCACAGCAACGCACAACAAUAAGCAGAACAAAGUGCCGCUGAAGAAUGAGGGCGUGGAUCCAAGUAAGAUCCAAGGCGGCGAUCAAUUGUUGUGGAUUGAGAAGCACGGGAAAGGAAGCACAUAUGUCCCAUUCACUCAAGAUGACUGGAACAACCUCGGUAUGGGAAAGGCUAAGCUGUAA